GACCUACCCCCGCCCGCACGAGUACCUGGACGUGUCGGCGCUGCCCAAGAGCUGGGACUGGAGGAACGUGGAUGGGGUGAACUACGCCAGCACCACCCGCAACCAGCACAUCCCCCAGUACUGCGGGUACUGCUGGGCCCACGGCCGCCCCACCGCCCCGGCAGAUCGAAUCAACAUAAAGAGAAAAGGUGCAUGGCCUUCUGCCUACCUCUCUGUUCAGAAUGUGAUCGAUUGUGCUGAUGCAGGAUCCUGUGAGGGUGGGGACCACUCGGGUGUUUGGAUGUACGCCCACGACCACGGCAUUCCAGACGAGACCUGCAACAACUACCAAGCUAAGGAUCAAAAGUGCAAGAAGUUUAACCAGUGUGGAACUUGUGUCACUUUUGGAGAAUGCCAUGUCAUCAAGAACUACACCCGGUGGAAAGUUGCUGACUAUGGAUCUGUCAGUGGAAGGGAAAAAAUGAUGGCAGAAAUCUAUACUAAUGGACCAAUUAGCUGUGGCAUAAUGGCUACUGACAAGUUGGAUGCGUACACUGGGGGACUCUAUACAGAGUACAACCCCUCGCCGGUGGUGAAUCACAUCGUGUCUGUGGCUGGCUGGGGCGUAGAAAACGGAACAGAAUACUGGAUUGUUCGUAACUCAUGGGGUGAACCCUGGGGUGAAAGAGGGUGGCUGAGAAUUGUGACAAGUGCAUAUAAAGGUGGAACAGGAUCAGACUACAAUCUUGCUGUUGAAGAGGACUGUGCAUAUGGAGAUCCUGUGCUUCCCUGACUCUGUAUUGUAUGUCUGUAUUUAGGAACUACGUACUCUGAAAGCUUCCCAGCACAACCUUGUUCUGUUUAAAGAAGAGCAGUCUAAAACUCUUCCACAGUUCAGCACCAUCAGGCAGUUCUGCAAAGUUAGGCCAGG